CCGAUGUUCCAUCGGCACAUUCCCAGGGUCCGAUUUCGUGCCUGCUCUGACGUUGCUUUUUCAUGCUUCAGUUCUUCAUAAUGCGCUGUAACCACGCGAGUUUUUCGUGUCAAAGCCUCCUGCUCCAUGGUGUUGUGUGACUUGCAAAACUUGUUCUGAUUAGGUCUGGUCUCUGCUUCCGUGAGUUGGUGCUUGAUUCUGAGGUUCCAUCGUUUCAUGCAGUUUCAGGAAUCGGUGUCUUUUCCAAAUCGGUUCUGGUCGAUGUUUUUGGCUCCUUUGCGCAAGUGUCCAGGCCCCGUGUUUCCGGAGAGUUUUCUAAUGUAAAACGAUUGUUACAACUGAGUUCACUCGCUGUGCCUGCUGUUCGUGCUUGACGGAGUCUGUGAGCUGCAAAUUGUUAUUUCUGGCUCGUUUAUACUUCCAAAAUUGAUGGCUGAGAGUAGAAACCUUGGUGACGACUUAGUAGCUGCUAGAUCUGUCUCAAAUUGAGUUUUCACGAGAGAAUAUUUUUGGUUGUUGGGAUCGUGUUCUUUAGUCUGUUGCUCCACCUGUUCUCAAUCUGUCGUAGUACAAAUGACCUCGGCAAAUUAACGCUCGGAUUCCGAUCUGUUUGACGUCACCACGUUUGUUACGUUCGAUGCAACAGUAUUUGGAAUGGCUUGGCAUUUGCAAUAAGGUUUAUCAUACGCCACAUACAGAUUCUCCCUGCGCUUUCGUUAUUACGUGGUAGGGUUUUGAGUGUGUGGAAACUUGGCAAUUGUCACGAGCAAAGCAGGAGAGGACAUCAUGGUUUGCUGGUACGGAACAUCGCAUUCAUCGAGUGCACAUCUCCUGCUGUUUAAGGGUCGGAAGUCUGUUGAGAUCCCACCUCAACCAAGAAUCAGCAGCAGACCAGCAUUCAAGAGUUUCCCGAUUCCUGACAUCUGCAUUUUCGAGUAGGAAAACCCUCUUGGUGGCUUGUAAACGGACGGCAAGAAAUUGGUUCGUUAGCAUUGAGUGAGUGAAAUAUCUCAUGUGUACUACAACAGAUCCAAGAAGGGUUACGUAUCUUCUAUUCUAGUGAAAUGGGAACCUUUGGAUCCCCUCAUUAUUCUCUUAGCUUCUUCAUCGAUUUCCAUCCCCAACUGCCAGCGUCUAAUGAUGGGAUUCGUCCAGAAGCAAUAUCUUUGGUGGAUGCUUGGAAGGGUCUUGGACUUACAUAUUUUCUGCUCAAAGGACUGAAAAAGACAAGCAAGACCUUCAAGCUGAUGAACGGUUCUGAUGAAGGAAACUCAAAGAAGUAUAAUCCGGGUGCGAACACGGGUGAUCGUAUCUCUAGUCGUUGCCUCACAUUGAAGAACCCAGGUAGUGCUCGUCCUCCACCAAGAAAAUGCAAUGCUGACUAUGGUUUAGGAAAGAUAUCUCGAAAUAAAGGCAAAGUGACAAAUCAUACAAAAGCUUGCAAAAGCGAUGCUGUCGGAGUUCAUAGAGAACAAUUAAGCACUCUUGCGGAUGCUGUAGAAGAAUUCUCAGAAAGUGGUCUGCGCGAGGCUACAACCAGGUCCGCUGCAGAGCUGAAGUUCUUAACCGGGAAGUCCAUCAGAGGAAUCGGUUUAGGUGUUGAAGGUGUGAUGACCACCAUAACGGGGCUAUCGCAACAAGUACAGUACAAAAAUGAGAUGAAAGAAAUUAUUACUGUGGUCAAAACAGCCGAUCGAGUACUGCAGGGUGUGAAAGCAGCCAAUGGAGUCCUUCAGACUUUUAGUUCUCCACUGGAUAACUUGCUCGCCCUUGGAGCAGGAGGGAAUGGAGUGAUUCUUGGGAUGAAUACAGUCAAAAUUGUUCUGAAAGGGGUGAAAAUCUCUAAAGGUCUCACUACAGUAACGAAGCUGUGCAACAACAAGCAGACUGGGGCGAUUGGGGUAGGUGCGGAAAUGGUCAUUAAGGCUGAUCAGAAUAUACUUGGGCAGCGUUUUAAGGUGAUUAUGAAGGGCUUGAAAGCUUCAGAAGGGGCUGCCAAUGUAGUUAGCAUCUCCAAAGAAGUUGGCAAAACUCUAGGUAUGUUAGACAAGGCAGAACUAUUAUCCUGGAAUUUAAUCAUGAAAGGGUUUAAGUUCACCAAGAGUGCGAUCCGAGCCUUGGAACCAGUUGGGUGCUUUCAUUGGGGCAUGAUGAGUGCCCUAGGGAAGGGUAUACUCGAAAUGAAGGCAGCUGUGGAAGGCGUUGGUGUCGUUGUGAAAGCUGUGGUUCUCUCUCAGGAGCUCUACAUGGUAAUACUAAAAGGUGUUGGAUUUACAAAAGGUGCUAUGACAGCCUUCAACGAGUGCAAGCGGAGGUCAUUGCUUGGCAAACGUUUUUCGAAACAACCACCUGAAGUGAGUAACAGCGGUUCGGAGGAGGGUUAUUCUCAAAGGAGCGAGGUUAGCUUCAAGAGUUUGCGUUGUGGUCAGCUGGCUAUGUCUUCCGUAAAUUGGUCUUCAAUAGAGCCCCAGAGGAAAUAUUUUAUGAGCAACGACCUGGAGCUUUUAGGGCAUUUCUGCUGUGCUAAGGAUGUUUCUUUGUACAUGACACCUGAGUCAUUACAGGAUGCCGACGGUACACAUUUUCUCCUGCCGACCAUUUUGACACUUGCCAGUUGUUUCGACCUCGAACCAUAAUUGGAUUUUUCUUCUCUACCAGGCUCUUCUCUACGUUCCGAAUGGUAGUAUGUUAAUUAUACUCAUCCCGUAGCGGAACCUCGUGAGAAAAUUCUUAGAAGUGCUUGUGCAAGGUGAGAACAUUUUUUCGAUAGACCCUUGCUCAUGACUUAUUGUGGACUUAGGGCUUUCAUAGCCAGAACUGUAUAUACUCAAGAAGUAAAAACCAUUCUUUCUCUCACAAGUGAGUCAAUACAACAAUAUUGACGUAACAUGUUGAA